AUAGUGACAGCAUCGAUAGUGCUGUCGUUGUGUUGCCAUCUCUAGCUGUGUGUAUAUUUUCAACAGCUCACAGCUGAAGAAAACACUUUUUCGUGCAGUCCGCUCAAAAUAAAACCACAAUUUGAAUAAUAGCAAAGCAACGCACUGUCGUCUACCAUUGGAUACUCUCUCUCGCUCACUCGCACUCUCACUGUUCCGUCAUAAGAGGCUAAAAGAAAAAAAAAGGGGUCAACAUGUCAGCACCGGUAAUUGUCGAGGCCACGGUCAAGCAGACGGCGACGCUCAUUUUCAUGCACGGAUUGGGAGACACUGGACACGGCUGGAGCAGUGCCUUGGCCGCCAUACGACCUCCCUUCAUGAAGGUGAUCUGUCCUACGGCGCCCACGCAACCCGUCUCUCUGAAUGCCGGCUUCCGCAUGCCCUCGUGGUUCGAUCUCAAGACCCUGGACAUUGGCGGACCUGAGGAUGAGCCGGGCAUUCGUUCAGCUCGCGACGAUGUGCAUGGUAUGAUACAGAAGGAGCUGUCCGCUGGCAUUCCAGCCAAUCGCAUUGUGCUCGGUGGCUUCUCUCAAGGUGGCGCGUUGGCUCUCUAUUCGGCUCUGACCUUUGAUCAGUCGCUGGCUGGCGUGGUGGCGUUGUCAUGUUGGCUGCCACUGCACAAGCAGUUUCCGGGUGCUAAGGCGACUAGCGAUGAUGUGCCAAUAUUCCAGGCGCACGGCGACUACGAUCCCGUUGUGCCUUACAAAUUUGGCCAGCUGAGCGCCAGCCUGCUCAAGUCCUUUAUGAAGAACGUGACGUUUAAGACCUAUAACGGAUUGUCGCACUCGUCGUCCGAUGAGGAGAUGAACGAUGUAAAGAGUUUUCUUACGCUCUCUUUGCUUUUGUCUAUUUCAGGACAUAAUCAGUAAAUGGGUAAACUAAUUUCCAAUUAGCACUUUAGCACUUUUACCGCGUCCCCGUCUCCAAAUUCGUGUGCAUUCCGGCAAGCAAACAAGAAUAACUACAAAAUAACAGCUAAAAGAAUAACAAUGAAUCCAAAAUUAAUCUACACACACAACACACACACCUACACACGACAGUUUGAUGUCGUCUUUUAGCCAAAUUGAGAAAUGUUGAGAGAAGCAAUCAAUUAAUUAUAAUACGUAAAAUACCUAACAAUAGAGUGUGAUGCGAAUGCAGGUUGUUUCACCAUACGAUUUAUUAAUUACUUAUCCUUUGUAUAAGCUAUAAAAUAUAUAUAUCAGAGAAAGUUACUUUCAACACACACAAA